UCACGGUUUAAAUGCUUUUUAUUUUAUUUAUUUUCAAUAUAUCCGUUACGGUGAAAACGAGAUCCUGGUUUUAGGGUCUCAGAAUCGCGGAUCCAGUGUUAGCAUCUGAACGACAAUGGCGAAGCAGCAGAGCUACGACGUCGUUUCCGAUUUUAUCGACUUCCUGAACGCUUCUCCAACGGCUUUCCACGCCGUCGAUGAGGCGAAGAAGCGUUUGAAGAGCGCGGGGUUCCAACAACUUUCCGAGAGGGAACUGUGGGAUCUGCAACCUGGCCACAAGUACUUCUUCACCAGAAAUCACUCCACCGUUGUAGCAUUCGCCGUCGGCAAAAAGUACGUUGCUGGAAAUGGAUUCUACAUAAUUGGCGCUCACACGGAUAGUCCAUGUCUCAAACUCAAGCCUGUCUCUAAGGUGGUUAAGGGUGGGAUUUUGGAGGUAGGUGUUCAAAUCUAUGGAGGUGGUUUGUGGCACACGUGGUUUGACCGAGACUUGACUGUGGCGGGGAGGGUCAUUGUUCGAGAAGAGAAUGCAGGCUCUGUUUCAUACUCACAUCAUCUUGUUAGGAUUGAGGAACCUAUAAUGCGGAUCCCAACUUUGGCAAUUCACUUGGACAAGACUGUUUCUUCUGAUGGAUUCAAAUUCAACAACGAGACACACCUUAUUCCAAUCUUGGCAACAUCGCUGAAGGGUGAGCUUAAUAAAUUGUCCUCUGAAAAUGGUCCGGUUGAAAAUGGAAAUCAGACUGAUGGAAAUAAAGCAAUUGAUAAAACAGGCACCACCAAUACGAAGCACCACCUUCUUCUUUUGCAGUUGCUUGCAAGUAAGCUUGGAUGUGAACCAGAUGACAUUUAUGAUUUUGAAUUGCAAGCUUGUGAUACACAACCAAGUACAGUUGGUGGGGCUGCAAGGGAAUUCAUCUUUUCAGGACGACUUGAUAACCUCUGCAUGUCAUUUUGCUCACUGAAGGCUUUAAUAGAUGCUACAUCCUCUGAAAGCAGUCUAGAGGAAGAGACGGGAGUGAGAAUGGUGGCUUUAUUUGACCAUGAGGAAGUUGGUUCUGCCUCUGCACAAGGAGCUGGCUCUCCUGUUAUGCUAAAUGCUGUGACUAGGGUUACCAAUACCUUUGGCACAAAUCCCAACCUUCUGGAGAAAGCAGCUCAAAGAAGCUACCUUGUAUCUGCUGAUAUGGCACAUGCACUACACCCAAAUUACAUGGAGAAGCAUGAAGUAAACCAUCAACCCAAACUACACGGAGGACUUGUCAUUAAAAACAAUGCAAACCAGCGCUAUGCAACCAAUGCUGUCACAUCCUUCUAUUUCAGGGAAAUAGCAACAAAACAUAACCUCCCCGUUCAGGACUUUGUGGUGCGCAAUGACAUGUCUUGUGGUUCAACCAUUGGUCCUAUUCUUGCUAGUGGGGUUGGUAUCCGCACCGUCGAUGUUGGUGCACCUCAGUUGUCAAUGCAUAGCAUACGAGAAAUUUGUGCUGUUGAUGAUGUGAAGUAUUCAUAUGAGCACUUCAAGGCCUUUUACCAAGAAUUCUCUCAUCUCGAUGGUAAGAUGGUCGUGGACAUAUAGGAUAUAUCUUUUUAUCACGAAUUGCUAAAUUGAUCUUGUGCUGUGGAUGUUGUUGGAAUUAGUCAUGUUUUAUAAUUUAUUAUCCUUGCCUAUUGUAGCGAAUGCUAUUUAAUAUAUUAUUCUGAAUAAAGCUGAAGGAUCUUCCUGA